AUGGGAUACGCUCAAGUGAUUAUUGCUCUUUCAUUGAUAGCUCUAAUAUUACUGUUACCUCCUUUGGUGUGGCAUGCAAAAACCAGGAAUACACCAGCUAUAAUUCUGAUUAUAUGGCUUUUGAUUGUGAAUGUUAAAUCUAUCAUCGAUGCAGCAAUAUGGGGAGGAGAAGAUUUUGUUAGCAAAUGGAAUGGUUAUGGUUGGUGUGAUAUUGCUAUAAAGCUAGAGAUGGGCUCUAAUGUUGGCGUAUCUUGUGCAGUUGCGAAUAUUGCACAUAAUUUGCAUGUUAUAUUAAAGGCCAAGUCAGUAUUGCCUGAUGCUAGUUCCUGGCGUAAGCUUCUGGUUGAUUUGAGUUUCUGUUUAAUAACUCCAAUAUUAGUUAUGAGUUUGUCAUAUUUGGUUCAAGUUCUCAGAUUUGGGAUUUUUAGAUAUAAUGGAUGUCAGAAUAUGCUUUCGCCUACAUGGGUCACUACAAUGACAUAUACGGUCUGGAUGUUUCUUUGGUCUCUUGUUGGGUUUAUAUAUGCAAUGUUGCUGUUAUGGGUAUUCUAUCAAAAGCGGAAAGAUGUGAGAGACUUAUUACACUGUACUAAUUCAGGGUUGAAUUUAUCUAGAUUUGCAAGACUUUUAAUAUUUUGUUUGGUAAUUAUUCUUAUUAUGUUCCCAUUUUCGGUGUUUUCCUUUGUAUAUGAGCUGAAGAAUGUUGGAGGAGCAUAUAGUUUCGCCGCUAUACAUACGCCCAGUAUGUGGUACUUUAUUCCACACUUUGAUCCUGGUGUUCCGUUGUAUAACAUUUGGCUGUACAUUUUCAUGUCUUAUCUGGUAUUUUUGAUUUUUGGUUUGGGUUCAGAUGCAUUAGCACUAUAUGCUAAAUGCUUAAGAUCCAUAGGUCUAGGUCAAAUACUGGAUAAGUUCAACGGAUAUCUGGAGAAAAAUUCUGACUCUCGUGUAUCCAAAUUGACUGGUCGAUUCAUGAAAAGACAAGGUUAUGAACAGUUCAGUAUCGGUACAAUAAGUGACAGUACUGCUACCUUUAGUUACGACACGAGAUCUACCAAUAGUGCUCCUUCAAACUUUGUUAUCGACUAUGUGCUGCCACAAGAUAUUAAAAGGCAGGAAAGACGAAAAAGGUAUGGCGUUAAAAUGGAAGAACUAGGGUACGGUAAAGAUAAAUCUUUGAAUGAUCUGAUGCUAUCAGUUGAAGACGAUUUGGACUUUAAUGGUCCUGUAGAUUGCUCUCCUUUCGCUGAUAUUUCGCCAUUUACUAAUAUUUCGUUUUCUGAGGAAAUCAACGCCAAACUAAACACUGUAGAAGAAGAAGUACAUAGAAGUAUGCACAGUGGUUCAACUAUAGCAGAUAAUACUACACAUGCAGAGGAUAUAGACUUCAAAUCCGAGUGUAAGUAUAAACAUAAAUGA